AUGGAAGUAACAGCUCGACUAAAUGAAGAUACAUCAUUACCACUAUCAUCACCACCAUCAUCCUCAUCACCUACCGCCCAAGCGCCAGCCUUGAAGCUCAAUUUUUUCGACCUCAUUAUCGAGAUUCGCCUUAAGCUCCACAAGGAACUCCUAGUUGUCGCCAAAUCUUAUACAUUCAGUAUCGGCACUGGUAGAGCUCAUUAUUCGGAACAUUUCAAUAUAGAUCCAGAUGCAAAAGAGGGUAUGGGUUCCUCUCUCUCACUGUUUCGAGUUAAUAAACAAAUCUAUUUCGAAGCUAUCCCGAUUCUUUACCGCAACGACGAAUUUGAAUUGACACUUGCGCUUGAAUUUUCAACGCCGAAUCGCAAAAACUCCACCGUUAAAUUUUUCACAUAA